GGCACGCACGAUUGUUCCUUAUCCACAAAACUGCAUCCACCACGAGUCCCAUUCAUCAUUUUACUCUCCUACUCUAUCUCUCUCUCACUACUCUUUCUCUCUGUAACAAUGCCAGUCAGAAGCCAUGGCUAGUUCUUGCACCACCCUAUUGGCACCACCACAUUUCCCUAUUCCUCACAUUUUUUGCUGCCAUUUUGAGUUAUAGAAAGACAUGGAUUGUUUUGUGCCCACACCAACCAGAAUAUCGGCAGCCAUGCCCAAGAAGCGGCCAUUUCUGCAUUCUGCAAAUAAAUGCAACAGGGCCUUCUUCAUUCGAUCAUCUUCACCAAUUAGGGCUGUGAGGUUCUCGGGACCUCCUAAGUUUGAAGCAUCAAAGUUGAAGGUGGUGUUCUUAGGUGUAGAUCAAGAGAAACAUCCAGGAACCAUCCCCAGAACAUAUACCCUUACCCACUCUGACAUAACUGCAGACCUAAACCUAGCUAUUUCUCAUUCCAUAAAUAGGAAUCAGCUGCAAGGGUGGUAUAAUAAGCUACAAAGGGACUAUGUAAUAGCUGAGUGGAAGAAAGUCCAAGGAAAGAUGUCUUUGCAUGUACACUGCCACAUAAGUGGGGGACAUCUCUUACUGAAUCUCGUGGCUGGAUUGCGUUUCCAUAUCUUCCAAAAGGAGCUUCCAUUGGUUUUAAAAGCAUUGAUUUAUGGGGAUGGUGUACUUUUCAAGAAGCAUCCAGAGUUAAAGAGGUCUCUGGUUUGGGUCUACUUCCACUCCAAUUUGAAGGAGUACAACCGUGUAGAGUGUUGGGGUCCUCUACAGGAUGCUGCACAGGGUCAGUCAUAUGAAUCAUUAAAUUUUGAAGAGUGGAAGGAGCUCAGUCAGAAUAUGCAGCCAAAAUCAUGUGGAAGUCCUUGUAAUUGUUGCUUUCCUCCACUGGGUAUGGUCCCUUUCCAUCAUGACUUGGAAGAAGAUCAGCAACAUUUCUUAUCCCACCAAACAUAGAUGAGAGAAUCUUGCAGUGACGAAUCCACUAACAAGAAUGAAAAAGGGACUGGUGCACUCCUAUUCUUGCUAUAUGCAUUCACAUUCAAUUCAUGAAUCUCAUGUACAAAAUCAUCACAUUUAUCAUACUCAAUUUUUUGCAGUGACAAAUACACUAACAAGAAUGCAAAAGGGACUGGUGCACUCCUAUUCUGGGUAUAUGCAUUCACAUUCAAUUCAUGAAUCUCAUGUACAAAAUCAUCACAUUUAUCAUACUCGCAAUUUUCUUUCUUACAUUUUGAUGAACUAACAAUUUUCAUUUUACCUAUUGCUUUCUUUAUUUUUCACAUUUUGUAUAAGUAGUUGUUCAUGCAAAUUUUACAAGUAAAUAAAGUGCUGUCUGAAAGUUCAUUCACAAUACUAGAUUAUCAUCAGUAAAUCUUAUCAUGGACACAUCAUAAGAUUAUAUAAAAGAUUAUCUGGUACGAAUACUAGAGAAAAUGUUACAUUUCAUGUGAAAAUUUAUAUUGAAUCUAGUGUGAAUGCUAGAAAGAAAAAUUAUAUAUGGCAGCACCUUCUCGUUAACUUCCAAUGGAUUCUAAAACAUGUCUCACGCUCCAAUCUCCAUUCAUGCAAGAGAGUACGCAUCAGCGGAAACCUAUUCUAAUAAGAAUCAGGCUACAUUUCAAAGUAAUAAAGGAAAGUACAUUUGUGCAUAAGUUACAAGCAAUAAGAAUGUUAGCACUGUCAGUAAAUAGUGAUGUGGUUUCAACCAGAGUUAUCAGAUUCGCAUUGGAGACCUCUCCAUUUUAGCCAGCAAAUGGAAUUAUAGCAGAUCCAAGCAAAAAUCUAUAAUAUUUGUAAUAAAAUGCCGAUUUCAAAAUAUCAGGGCAUGCAUCGCUUCGGUUUGGAGUCUAAUCCCAAAGAUUCUAUAGCAUAAAAAUGAGGUCAGUAAGAAAUAAAAUGGAAAGAAAAACAAUGCUGAAAAGUGAAAAAGCAAAUCACAAAGAUUUAUCUCGUUCAAGGCUCUCUUAAGGGCAACAAACUUGUUCUUCUACUAAUCGGAACAGCAUCAUGCCAGUAUGGGAAUACUAGUUUGUUUUUGGACCACUGCACCUCUGUGAAUGCAUCAGAGCUCUUGCAGGUAAAGUAAUACCGAGGAUUGGAUGUCCGAGUUCAAACCCACCUUUCCCUCCCCUCUUGUCUCUAAGCUGUUGGAGACUGUAAUAGGUGUGGCUAUGGAAAAGGAGUGGUGUGAUGAGUAUUUGACGACAUCUGGUGCUUACCUGAGGGGUAAUAUUUAGGGCUGGUGUGAGGAAGAAGUUAUGGGGUGGAAGGAAAGGGGGAGAAUCUCCUAAAAAUGGUAUGCAUUGAGGGUUGGUAUUCUUAGACUGGCCUUUUAAAACCUUAGAAGCAAAGUAUGAUCUACAUAUCACUUCGCUUAGCACCUCAACCUAGGCUAGAAAAACCUCUCCUCUAUAGCCUCAGCCUAACAAAAAUAAAUGGCAAGACCCUGGCAACGCCACUCAAGUAUGAUGUUCUCGCAGUGUGCUCCCUAAAUUCCUCCAGAACCUCUUAUAUAAUCAAUGGACUCUCCUCUUCUUUAGCCAUAUGAGGUACGUCACUUUACUCUCCUCAAUUUGCACUCUAACCAAUUUACCCUUGAACCGCUCUUUUCCAAGUUGCUUAGGAUUCUCAUAAGAAUUAUCCUCAUACUCUCCCUAUUCCUCCUCUUCUAGUGUUUGGUUCCCUCAGAACCAACACAUUAGCAUCUUUACAUGAUUUCCACGGAGGGUCAAUAGAAAACAUCAUCCUAACACUAGAGUUUGCAAGAUUUAUGCCAACUACUCCCUAAUCUGCUGGAGGGCUUCAUAUCAUUGAACAAGUCUUUGUAGGAUGGAUUUUUGCCAACUACUCCUUACUUAACCACGCCCAUGGUCUUGUCCACACGCCAUACCUCGACCAAGACCCUGGUUCACAAUGCCUUCGCCUGCCAUGGCUGUGAACUCAUCUAACCUUACUAUAGAACUUUCCUAGACCUAAGGAAGGCCACUUCCUAGCCUCCAGGCAGCCACUUGAACAAAGUUCCAAACUUGGGAACACUAGGAUGGCAAUAAAAAAAACCUCACAAACUCCCUAUUGACCUUAGAAUAGAAGGCUACAUCACAAAGCAAGACAGCAUAAAAGGAGUAUAGCAGCAGAGAGACGACCCUAAAGACCUAAUGGACACCUUAAAACUCUGGGACAUACCCUAAAUAAUUUAAAGAUUGACCUCUAGCCCUAGAACUUGCUCUUGUACCAAGUUGAUGUACGCAUUGAAUUCAAAUAAGGUCAAAUAUCUUCAAUUUCAAUAGGUAAUUGAAAACCAAAAUUGUGUAAAUCAGUAUUAAAUUUUAAGAAUUUGUUUCAGAGUCCAGCAGAUGAUAUUACGAAUCCAUAAUGGAUUGGAAUCUAUCCUAAUACAAAAAAUUGAACACGGUCAAUUUUAAAGCUAACCUACAGCCUGGAGAAAAGAAGUUGGUGUGAAAUAACUUCAAAUUAAUUCCAGAAGUUGCCAUUAAUUAGUUCAAAGGUUUUGAAAAAUUAACGAGGUGUAAAAAAUUAGGGUUCUGAUUCUAGAUGGCAAAUUAAGGUUAAAUUUCAAUGGAUUAUAGAUAUAGAAUUCUAAGGAUAACCUAUGGGUUAAUUUUAAGGUUUUAAUUGAUUUUCAACAAGGAAUGUUUACUCGAUCGGAGGGUUAUUAUAAUAACAAAAAAUUGAAGAAAGAAUUAGGAAAAUAUGGGAGAAAGUGAAAAUCAAUAGCAAAGAAUGUUAAAAAAAAUCAAAGAAAAAAUAAGACAGAAGGGAAGGACGUCCCUCUCCAAUCAAACAGUUCGAAGCCCUUUCCAUGGUUUUACUUUCUCAAAGAUCUCAAAAUAAAACAUCCUCAUCCUGUGGGGAUGGACGUCCCUCUCCCUCCCUCCACUUUUUACACAUACUUAAAGUAACCUAAAAUACAUUUAACUGAAAUAAACUAAUAAAAUGAACAAACUGCCGUUGAAUUCUCUGGAGCACCCAAACGACAACAUAACUAAAAUAAAUUAAAAGCCCAAAUAAAUAUACUUUCACUCGCCAAAAAAUUUAAUAAAAAACAAAAAGCCCAAAUAAAAAAUUAAAUUUAAAAUGGAACUAUAGAAGGCCAUGAUGCCUUCAUCAACUAUGGAACAAGCAAUGGGAGUUUCACAUUAAUAAAGGAUCUUGAUUCAAAGUCACUGCUUCGGGUCGAAUUCAAGGUGUAGCGUCCCAAAUAUCCUACACUAAGGUGAACCUACAAUUAUCCAAGACUAUAUCUAGUUCGAAUCAAAAUAGCCUAACAGUGUUACUGAAUAAUAUAGUAAUUAAUAGCCUCAACAAAAGUCCUAACCAAAAGUGUUACUGAAUACUGAGGACAAUAAAAGUCCUCAACAAGGGGAGGAGUGCACAUCCAAAUUAUGCAAUGAAUUCGUGGAAGAGUGGCGUUUGAGGUAAAUACAUCAAAAUAUACAUCACGCCUAGUGACCAAACUCUUAAAUGACAGAGCCCCAAAAUAAAUUGUUGAAGGAUCAGUAGGAACAGCAAUAUGUUCGCCCAUUCAAGAAACGAAUUACAGACUUGGGUCAAGAAGAGUGGAUACUUGAUGCAUAACACUUCCAGAUUGUAAGACAUCCAUAUGUCCAUUUGGGGCGAUAAAGAACUGAAUUCAAAUACCUUUUUGGGAUCUGUAUCCAUUUUAUCAAUUUUCCAAAUUUCUAGUUCUAUGCCAACCUUAAUUAAGUUAUUCAAGGUUUCCUUAUUCUUAUGGAUAGCCUUUUCCUUUUUUUCAUUUUUGAUCAAGCCACCCGGAUUUUAAGGGUCCCAUCACAUAGUAUUAAUGGUCUAAGAUUGUAAAUACCAUGAGCCAAUCACCAUAGCCCAACUAGAAGUACAAUGGUUAUGUCACAUAUGGAAGGUCCUCUAUGUUGCCAACAUGUUACACUCAUUUACAAUGAAAAUUUGACUUAUCUUGUUCUUUCGAGAUAUGAUGAAAUGAGAUGAGGAAAUGUAGCUUUAGUGCUUCCCUUAGUUGCGUUUCUUCUUUCUUCAAAGGAAUGUCUAAGACACUGUUUGGGGGGGGUGGGAGUAGCACAGAUCUUAGUUAUCUUUUCGGGCAACCAAUCAUGGUGAGGGGUUUGAAGCCACUUAGUCAAACGAGAAGGCUCCAAUGCUCCCAUCAUACUCCACAUCCAUGACCCAAAUCCAAUUAGGGAAAAGAGUUGGUAAUGAGAUUCCAAAAUUUCCGUCCAGACAGCAGAGUGUGAUAGGAACUUAUUUAACCGUUCUGGGUAUCAUGCAAUAAGGAUCUCAUUGGUUAGGUGGUGAAACCACAUGCAACAAACACGAUUCCAGUAACAGCACUUAUCCAGGUGUUUCCUCAUCUCAACCGAGAUAGACAAUGGCCUAGGGCAAUAAUGAUCUCAUUGAUCAGAUAGCUAAAAGUAUCUACAAUUAGUUUGUGGUGAAGACAAUCACUAUAUAUUGUUCAUAGUGAUCAAACUACAUUUGGUACAAUGAUUGUGAUUCCUAUGACCUGAAUGACUACAAACAGGGGAUCUCAAUUCCAGAUUUCCGAAUCCCUGUUCUCGAUCAUCUCUGGCUUUUCUAGGUGUAUAAAUGUUGGACAAUCAAAGUACAACCGACCAAAAUAACUGCAAAAAUCUAGAGCCCCCUACAGAAUCAACCACACAUCAACAAAGCAUGUCUAUGGCCACCAUUGCCAUCUCAGAGAAGCAAAAAAAAGGAACACAUGGAUAGAAUCGCAUAACGAGAGCAUUUCAGAGUACAUACCCAUAGAAAAGAGUAAAUAUAAAAUAAAAUAUAAAGUUAUAAACAGUCUGUAGACCAUAUGAAGACUGAGAACGACAGGAGAAAUAGCACCCUUGAUAGCAUUGAUACUCACAUCAAUAAGUUCAGCAAGUGAGCAUUCCUUCAAGAUCUGUUGAAAUGGGAGAUCACGAGGUACAAUUUCACUAAACUAUUUCCCAAAAUGACAAGAAAAAUCCUUGAGUUUCAAAAAUUCUCUUUGCCUCUGAAACCAGGAGAGUGCAAGAGAAUCAACAUGAAUAAAUUGGGAUAAAAAAGAACCACAAACAGUACGGACUUCAUCAUCUAAAAAGCAAAAAAGAGAAGAAUCAUUCAAACACCAACUUAAAAUCAAAUACUACGAAGAGAAAUAAAAAAACAAACCCCCAAUUUGAAUAGGAUCGAGUCCCGUCCCAAAAAGAAGAGAAAGAGCAUUUCAGAAAGAAGUAAAUUUGAUCAACGAGAAAAUAAAAGAGAAAGUAAAGGAGGGAAGCAUUCAGGAAGGGAGAGACACAUAUUCAAUAUAAUUACGGAGGGAAACCACGCAAUCCAAUCGGCAAAAAACCAAAAGGUUGGGAAUGGAGACCUGCUCCUUGAAAAGGCGUUCCUCCUCCUCGUCCUUGUCUGUGUUGUAAUCCACCGAUCCAAACAAUGAAUAAUCGUGGCAGUCAUCAUUGUCAUAAUGUAAAGGAGUUUCAUGGAAGCUGCUGCCCUGUGUACUCUCAUCCUCAUCAGUUUCAUGGGAGCUGCUGCCCUGUGCACUCUCAUCCUCGUCCGUUGUGAAGUCCUCCUGCGUAUUCUUCUCCUCCUCUACCCCUCCUGCACUGCUUACCUUGACGCAUCUGCUUCCAUGGCAGUGAUGAAAGGAGAGAGGGAGGGGAAGAAAUCCCUGUGAUAGCGCGAGAAGGAGAAUAAACAGGGUAGGGGAGAGAGAACCCCCAUGCCUUUUCUCUCUCCCUGUGCGCCGAGCCCAACGCCUUAUGGCUCGAUUCCAUACGAGGAGGGGAGUGAAAACUUAGGGCCGCCGUUUUCUCUGCCUCGAGUUGAAUCGGUUUUUGGCUUCCGAUUCUUUACUCUCGACGCGGCUUGAGCUCCUAGAAAAGAGGCCCUGCCCUUUCUCUUUAAGCUUCUGAAACUUGAUCAUCCAUUGGUCCACGAAACCAGACAUUCUUCUCUCUCUUUCCUCUUUCUCUCUCUUCUCUUCUCUUCUCUUCUCUUCCGU